UUGCAGUGAUGUAUCUUUAUCUUUGUUAAGCUUGAUCAUGCUUUCAGUGUACCAAUCUUUCUGUUUUUCAAUCAGAGCUUGUUGCCCUUUGGAGCGAGUAGUUUCGUCAUUAAGUUUUUCGGCAAGAUCUUUAUAUUCUUUUCGCAGCUUCUGGAGUUCUUCCUCUUGCUGUUUGCUUUCUUCUCUUUGUUGUUUGUUUUCUUCUUUAAGUUGCUUGUUUUCUUCUUUAAGCUGCUUGUUUUCUUCUUUUUGCUGCCUGUUUUCUUCAUGAAGACUGUGUAUCCUUGCAUCCUCUUGCUUCGCCUCUUCUUCUUUACCAGCCAUGCUCUGCUGGAGUACCGAAAUAGUUCCCUCAAGAUCUUGGAUUCUUGCUCGGAGUUUAUCAAUAAUUUCAUUGAGCUCAGAUUCCUUGUUUGCUGAUGUUUUCUUAAGUUCUUCGAGAGCUUCUUUAUGUUCUUCUAGAGCUUCUUUAUGUUCUUCUAGAGCUUCUUUUUGCUCUUCGAUAACUUCUUUUUGCUCUUCGAUAACUUCUUUAUGUUCUUCGAUAACUUCUUUAUGUUCAUCUUUGAGCUCCCCAAGUGUAUCUUUUACAGUUCUUCAUUUGUCAUCUUCAUCAGCUAGUUUGGCGUCACGAUCUGAGAUUUCUUGCUGGUAUCUUCUCUCAAUUGCAUGCAUUCGGUCGCGAAGUUUCUCCAAGACUCUCUUGAAUAUUGCUCCAUACUUUUGCUUGAGCUCUACCUUGAUUACAUCGAUGUUUCUUUGGUCUUCUAGUCUAGAUUUCGUCAACCCUUUACUCCAAUCCUUAAUCACACACAAGUAUUCCUUGUCUUCUGUGAAAUGGCUGUCGACAUUUUCAGCUUCUUUGUAUAAAGAUUCAUAUCUGAAAUGUUCUCCGGCUUUAUUUGCUCUUUGUAGCUUCUCUUGAAUUAGAUUAAGUUCUGCUUUUAUUGUAUAACUAAGGGCUUCAUAUUUUUCAGGUCAAGCUCCAUAAUUAAGAUUUUCGACAACAUUAAUAAACUCUUUGAGUCGUUCAUCAAGGACCUCUAUCCGUCUUCCUACAACAUAAGGGUUAAUAAGAACAGUGGAGGGAAACUCAGAAUAUGUUUUAAUAAUAGCUAAGCCGAUGGUCAGAGCAAAUAUACAGCUUCUUCUCGUCUACAUAGUGCCCGGCUCCUUCAAGACAUCCCUCAUGCUGGCAAUUUUGAUAGUUCAUAUUUAUCUUAAUUAUUUA